AUGAAAGCAAAGCCAAGCCACCAAGCCACCAGCAUGUCCUCGUCUCUUCGAGUAAGCCCGUCCAUCCACGGCUACCACUUUGACACGGCCUCUCGCAAGAAAGCUGUGGGCAACAUCUUUGAAAACAUAGAUCAGCAGUCCCUGCAGAGGCUCUUCAGGAACUCCGGAGACAAGAAGGCAGAGGAGCGGGCCAAGAUCAUUCUUGCCAUCGAUCAAGACUUGGAGGAGAAAACACGAGCUCUGAUGGCCCUGAAGAAGAGGACAAAAGACAAGCUUCUUCAGUUUCUCAGACUGCGGAAAUACUCCAUCAAGGUGCACUGA